UAUGUUCAUUCGCCUAUGCGUCUAACAUUUAUUAUUUUACUCAAAAUGAGCGUUUCCGUGGUAGAAACUAAAAUUUAUGGAGAUUACGACGUUCCUUUUAAUGGGAGUGACGGAUGGCCGGCAAAUUCGUCAGUUGUCUUGACUGAACAUCAUUGGUGGAUUCCACAGUUUGAAAUACCUUUUCUUAUUAUUGUUAUUUUACUCGGGAUUGUUGGCAAUAUAAGCAUAAUUGGAGCAAUUUUAUUGGAGAAAAAAUUAAAGUUUGCAGGAAACGCCUUCAUUGUUAAUCUAGCUGUUGCAGAUCUAGUUGUUACGUCCUAUGUUCUUCCUGGAGUACUUGCUAAUGUGAUUUCAAAUAAAAAUCUAUUUCCUCCGGCACUUUGUAGUUUUACCGCUGUUGUUCUAUCCGUCAGUUGCAUCGGAUCUAUGUACAGCUUGAUGUUUGUCGCAAUAAACAGAUACGUGGCUGUAGUUCACAAUAACAAAUACACGAAGAUAUUCAGCAAUAAGAAAAUCGCGGGAAUGAUAGCCGGACUUUGGAUUUGGUCUGUCAUAGUUACGAUACCACCAGCGUUUGGUUGGGGAGACUACAGAUAUCACAAGAAGAUUCACGUUUGCAUGUAUGAUUGCAAUGCGGAGAAAUUUCUCUCUUUUACUGUGUCAUACGUUUGCAUUUCAAUAAUCUUACCCUUCUUGGUGACGUGUUUUUGUUAUCGAGGUGUAUUCGUGGCGUUUAAUGAAAACAGAUCAAAUGUUCGCAGCAUGUCAGAAACUAAUACCACAACCACAACUACCAACGUAACAGUGGAUAAAACCAAACCUAAAACUAAAAAACUAACAGAACGACAAAUUCGUGAGCGUCGUCUUGUUAUAACAUUAUUGGCUGCAGUUUCCCUUUUCACUAUCUGCUGGCUGCCGUAUGCACUCAUCAUAUUGAUAAAUCAUCACGCUCCAGCAUUCUACAAACGCAGUGCUGCGUGGCUGGCUUUCACAAACAGUUCGAUGAAUAGUGUUCUGUAUGGUGUGUUGAAUCGUAACUUCAGAAAUGGAUACAAAAAAUUGUGGGGAACAUUAUUUUCGUGUUGUGGAUGUUGUGCGAAUCUUACUAAAAAACUAUUGUCAACGGCCAACAUUUCUUCAACUAACGGAACUACUGCGGCCACCAAGGAUCUGUCAAAUGAGAAAUCAUCAGCUCAGGGAUACACGAAUUUAACGAAUAUUUCUACAGCGAUGCAGCAUACAACGGAAAUCCGAAAAACUUCGAUUGAAUAAGCAUAUUUAAAGCGUUAAAUGAUGCACUGCACAAAAGGUGUUUGCACAAUAACAACAGCGUUCUAUUCCAACUUCGUUAUUUGGCGGUCCAACUAUUUAUUAUUCUGUGAAUAUAAAUCAAUAACACAAUCUAAAGAAUGGCACUGACGAACAGCAGGCCGGAUUUACCAACAGACAAAGCAGGUUGGAGCCGACGGACCUCAUGCUCAAACGGAAAUUCAAUUUUGAACUAACGUUUCUUUUUAACCUCCGUUUUUUUAAUUUAAAGACUUCAAAAGGGAAAUUUGCUUCCUUUAGUAAUCAGGGUAAUUAUUCUUGUUCCAAACAUUCAUGUUCAAAAGAUUGAAAAUAAAAAAUUAAAUACGAUCGAAUGAAUUCCGGUAUAUAUAUUUUUAUAAUAUUCAAGGAGAUUUUUAUCGUAAACCUGUUCAUUUUAAGGAAUGGAAUGCUUCGCAUGCGGUAAAGUAUCUCGUAGCACCCACGAUUUUCUGGUGUGCUUUGAUGUCUAACUUACAGCCUUCAGCUUUAUUUUUAAAAUUUCUUAUUAUAUAGCAACUUUGACAUUUGCAGCACCCUGAUAUUUUUAUUGUUUACAUAAACAUUAGUAUGUUUUUCAAUACAUUUUAAAUCAUAUUCUUCAUUUUAUUAUGCGUUUCGAAAUACGUGUUUAGAAAUACUGUUUAGAACAGGGGUCAUAAACAUUUAUAAAGCCGAGGGCUACUUCCUGGGUACCGAUAAGCUAAGGGCUCUCAGUGGGAUGCACAAUUUUUAAAAUCCAAUUUGCUCGAUCAAACUUUGACUAUUGCUAUUAAUGGUAUUUAGCAACUAGGAGACACUGAUGAUGUUAACAAUUAUUUAGCAAAAUUAUUAACGACUAUAACAACAUAGGGAACAAAUUAUUAUCAAUACCACCUGUAUUUUAGCUAGAUUUAUAACAGACCUGCGGGCGACUCAUGUGGUCCAUGUGGGCGACUUUGUGCCCACGGGAACCGCGUUGGUGCCCCCUAGUUUGGAACAUCCAGAUAGAAAGUUUCAAUUUUACAGAAAAAGGGAAUGGGUUGAUUGAAAAUAUAUACUGAUUUUAUUAUGACUGAAAAUUCUUUAUUACUUAUCGGUCUUAAGAUCGGUAAGUAUGUUGAUAGGUAAUUGUCAGUCUGUAUGUCUGUUUGUUUGUCUGUUAGAUGAACGCGAUAUCUCACGGGGGCGAGGUUGAAUCUGCUCCAA